CUUUCCAGUGCUUGGAGCUGCGGCCUGGAACUCAGCAAAUGGGGGGUUAAGACUGAUGCCCUGGCCUAUCUCCUCCCCUCUCCAUUCCUGACUUCAAAGUCCCCAUUAAAGCUUGCUUCCCUGACCCCACAGUGGCAGCUCCAUCAUCGGCUCCUGGCCGGUUCAAAACAGCAGAUGCUGAGCCCUGGCCGGGCUGUUCGCACUCUACUUUCUAGCCAUCUCCUAGGGACUGGGCUGAAGCCUCAGAGACCCUGCUGAAAACCCUGGGGCCAGGAUCAUGUCUGCAAACAAAGGCUGGUGGGCACCACCUGAGGGCGAAGACAGUGUGUCUCAGAAGUUCCUGAGGAAGACCAGGGAGUCUCCGCUGGUGCCUGUCGGAUUAGGAGGCUGCCUGGCAGUGGCAGCCUACCGGAUUUAUCGGCUGAAGGCCCGUGGUUCCACCAAGAUGUCCAUACACCUGAUUCACACCCGCGUGGCCGCGCAGGCCUGUGCCGUGGGUGCGGUCAUGCUAGGUGCUGUGUACACCAUGUACAGAGACUACGUCAAGAGAUCAGCACAGGACCCCAGGGAGAAGUAGGACUCCUGUAGGGCCUGGGGCAGCCAGAGCCUCGUCCAUCAAUCCCUGGUACGUUCCUAAUAAAGCAGUUUUGAAGAAAA